UGCCCUGCGAGUGGCAGCAAAGCACCGCUGAGCGUUGGCGCUACAACACAACACAGCAGAAGAAGUGUGAACACUUCAGUAGAUUUACGGAUGCAGGGAAAUGGGUUUGCCUGAAUCUUGCUGACCUUUAAUGCUGACUGGCCCCUCCAGCCAUCUAACAACAUGCAAGGAUUCUACUCCAAGCUCGACUCCUCCCCUUCUUCGUCCCCCUUGUUGGGACCUGGCCUCAGGGGAGAUGGUGCUCCCGUACCUCUCAGCCUGGCUCUGGAGACGGAGAGAGCUCAGGCCCUCCUGCAGACUUUCAGUUCCGCCUCCCUGCUGGCGUCGGCAGGACUCGGGAUGUUCUGUGUGGUGGCAGACCACGUCCUACAGCUGUCUGUCAUACAGCAACACUUGUGGCUGCGUGCUGUCUUGGACAACGCCACGCACGGAUUGGUGGGGCUGUGGUCAUGGGCGGUUGUUAUUGGACUGAGGAAAAAGAGCGAUUUAUAUGAGGUGUUACUCGCAGGGCUCCUGGCAUCAAUCAUAGACCUGGACCACUUCUAUAUGGCUGGAUCCUUAUCACUCAAGGCUGCUGUCUCACUCCCUCAGCGUCCACCGCUGCACUGUUCCUCUCUCAUUCCCAUCAUCUGUCUCAGUCUCCGCUUCCUCAUGUGGCUCGGGCGCCUCAAAGACGCUUGGUGCUCCUUGCCAUGGAUGCUUUUCAUUUCCAUGGUGACACACCACGUCCGGGAUGCAGUGCGCCACGGCCUGUGGGUGUGCCCAUUCGGCAACACGGCGCCGAUCCCAUACUGGUUAUACGUCAGCACCACGGCGACGCUCCCUCACCUGUGUUCAGUGCUCAUGUACCUGACGGGAACCAGAGAUGUGAUAUUCACUAAACACGGGGUGGCCAUCGAUGUUUAAGGCAUCACCAACUUUGGAUCACCUUUGGAUAAAAAUGUUCUUAGCUAUUUAAAAUAAUUAUCAAAUACCUUUAAAUUCUGAAGAACACGUAUAUAUGGCUAUGAAGACAUUUUUCAGUUCAUUUGACAUAAAUAAUGAAAACUUUUUGUUUUCUUUUCUCACAAAGAAUGAGAAAGCUCAUUAUAUUAUAAGGAAAGCAGUAAACGUUUGACUUUUCAUUGGUGGAGAUGGCUGUAAAAUACUAAAUUAGCUUUUUGAAAUGGGAACAUCCCAAUAUAAGUGCCAAUCACUGUUAUUGUUUGUUUGUUUGUUUGUUUUCCUUUUCAUGGCAUGGAUUUGUAUCAGAAUCCUCUUCAAUAACCUAGGGACUAAAUGUAAAGAUGUGAACCCUCUUUUUACUCAUAUCUUUUUUACCAGGGCCUGCCCAACUUUUUGCUCACCUACACAACACCUCACAGACUUAAACCCCGAUGGAGGUUCAUCACUUUUACUGUCACUAUCCAGCCUCAUUCAAAGGGCGCUGAAGGAAACGUCAACCAAAGG